AUGCUACGGCACAGGAGAUCUGGGAUAGACUCGCUAAUAAUUUUUCAAGAUAACGGUGAAAUUCGUGCUAUUUAUCUUGAGAAUCAAUUUAACAAUCUUUUUGUUGAGAAUUUCCCGAAUGUGUCUUCUUACUGCCAGAAAUUGAAGGAACUCAAGGAUCAACUAAAUAACGUUGGUCAACCCGUGUCCGAGAGAACUUUGGUUUUACGUCUUUGUGCAGGUUUAAUUGACUUAGACUAUGAUGGAGUGGCUCAAUCCAUCACUCAAAUUCGACCUCUUCCCGAAUUUGAUGAAGCAAGAUCACGAAUUUUGUUAGAGGAGUCCCGAAAAUCAACAAAAGAAAACUCCGGACAAGCGUUUGUUACACAAACGAACAACACCACCACCACCACCAUCGCGGCAGCCGCCCAACAGCAGCAACAACCGCAACAACAAGGCAGGGGUGGUGGUGGCAGUGGCCGUGGCAACAAAGGCAGGGGUGGAAAGGCAAAAGGGAAAGGCAGAGGACGUGGUCAGCAACAACAGCCAUCCCAAGCCCAAUCUACUACCCUAAAUUAG